AUGUCUUCUGCACCAAUUAAACUAGGAGGAAAGUUCUUGGAUGAUUUCCAAGCUUGGAGAGAUGCCAAGAUUGCAGCACAAUUUCCAAACAUUCCAACAUUGUCACCCGACACUUUGACUCCACAGAACUUCUUGGCGAUAUCAACAUUCGACCCAAAUUCCAAAGUUGAUAUUGUCAAAGACAGAGCCGAGAAAUACUUUACCGAUCUAUUGAACUUUUCGAUUGGCAUGUUCCCCGGUGUGCUCUCUGAUGAUCUCAAAGAACUGCUUGCCGAUGAAAAAUCUGCCGAGUUCUACUCAGAUUAUUCCAAGAUGUGGUUCAUUCAGACCAUCUACCACACUGAUGCUACACUCGAGUACAAGUCAACUAUCCGUUGUGGUCGUCUUGAGAGAGAGAUCAACGAUAUUGCAUACAGUGCUACACUUGCCAAACAAACAAUGAUGAUCUAUUACAUUGCAUUGAAAGAGUUGGUCCCACAAAUACUUCCGUUCAUCUACCAUAGAAAUACGUUCAAUCCCAAGCUGAGAGCGUUCAUGCUAGAGGCAGUUCAAAAUCAACAAAUGGCAUUUAAUGCAUUGAAGUCCCAUGUAGCUAAUGUCAACGUCCCUGGAGAGUAUGACCAAUUCAGAUUCAAUGAACUCAAAUCCAAACUUGAUUUGUUGAAUCCAACCUAUAAGCUUUCCAAUGAUAUCUUGAGUUCCUACGUUUUUGGUGGAAUGGCAUACUAUAUUUCUGGUAAUAUUAGAAACUGUCCAUCGGUAAAGUCAAUCUAUUAUAAUACAAUUCUCAAAGUUCUAAAGAGAAUUCGUAAGAAUCCAACAAACAAAUACAAUGAAAUGGUCGGAUUAAUCACCAACACCCAAGCCGGUGAUGUUGUCAAAGCCUCUACAGUUAUCUCUCAGAUGUUCAACAAAGUAACUUUGGAGCCACUCAAUGCAUUCAAAAACAUAAAUACACUUCAAUUUUUGACCAAGGCAACUGUACUUCCUUUCAAAGCAACCAAUGUAGAUCCAGCUUUCAACGACCUCAAAGCCAAUGCUGUAUUCCUCCAAUUCAUCAAUGCAUUAUACUGUGCAUGUGUAAUGGGUACUAUUGCCUAUGGUCUUUUCAAUCAAUCACUUGAAGUUUUCGAUCUCUCUGUGUUGUAUGCCGGAUCAGCAUUGUUUGUAGAUGAAUAUGUCCAAGCAGUUGCACAGAACCGAAUCUUCCAGAGAAUGGGUGAAUUCAUCCGUGACUUUACAAAGAAAAUCAACGAUCCAGUCAAAGUUGCCAAUGCAUUCCAGAAUAUGAUCCCUCAUUUCAUUGAUAAGGCCGCUCAAGAUUUGAUUUCAAACAUGAUUCCUAUGGUGUUUAUGAUUUCAAAGGAUGCCGUUUCCUUUAAUGUGUUCACCAACGUAAAGAAAAGAAAAUCAGGAUCGUUGUCAAUUACCAUUUCAAACAUCGAUAAAAGAUUGGUGAGUCCAGUGAUGACAAUCCUUAGAGGUUCAUCGUUCAGUUCUACCUAUGCGUUGUAUUUGGGAGGUGCAAUGUUUGGUCUUUCACUUCGUAAAUACAUGAAUCAAUCACUUAUUGGUUACAUUACUUUAAGGAAUAUGGUUCGUGCAUCGAACCCUAACGCACCAGAUCAAUUGGCAAACUACAUCGAGACAAUUCCAUCAUAUUACAGAGUGGAUUAUGACAAUGAAACUGAAGAGUUUGACGAUCGUGCCGAUUGGGAAUCAUUUUAUGAAAUAUCCGAAAAUGAUUAUCAAAAGGCACUAGAUUUACUGGUUAAUAUUCCAAAAACAGUUGUUGCUUAA